CCGCGCACGUGACGAGGGCUGCCGGCGAUGACCUCAUCCCUGGUGUGGGAUGACGUCAAAUUCAAGAUGGAUGGAAUCACGGCGGCGGCGGCGGCUGCGGCGCGCGCGGGCUGAGCCCGACGGGACCCGCCUCCCGCCGAGGGGUCGAUAAAGCCAAACAAUGGAGGGACUUCUGCACUAUAUAAACCCAGCACAUGCCAUUUCUCUCUUAAGUGCACUAAAUGAGGAACGUCUCAAAGGACAACUGUGUGAUGUUCUUCUAAUAGUGGGAGAUCAAAAAUUUCGAGCUCAUAAAAAUGUCUUGGCUGCCAGCAGUGAAUACUUUCAGACUUUAUUCACAAACAAGGAGAAUGAAACCCAGUCAGUGUUUCAGCUUGACUUCUGUGAACCAGAUGCAUUUGACAAUGUGUUAAAUUACAUUUAUUCUUCAUCUUUAUUUGUUGAGAAAAACAGUCUUGCUGCUGUACAAGAACUGGGUUACAGCCUAGGUAUUUCCUUUCUUACUAACAUUGUUUCCAAGACACCUCAAGCCCCUUUUCCAACCUGCCCUAGUAAAAAAAUAGCAUUUCAAGAAGAGGAUGAAGGCAGCUCUCAGAAGAGAAGUGUCAUUGUUUGUCAGAGCAGAAAUGAAGCACAAGGGAAGAGUGUCAAUCAAGCCCAACAUGACCUAAGCCAUACCUUAAAGCUUCCACCCUGCAUUGCCGUCAAGACUAAUGCUAGCAGAUCCCACGUGACCAAACCCAGCGAGCCACUUCACACUACGGCAGUCGGCGAAAGAAGGUGGUCAAAGGAAGGUUCUGUCAGCUACGGCAGCCUUCCCGACCCUCCUGCGUCCCUGGAAGAUCCGAACCGAAGUGGGUUGGGGAAGAGAAAUGCAGCCUUGCCUUUGAAGCCUCUACAGGACAGAGAAACUGCAGAUGAAAAACCAGGUGGAAGUGGCCAGCUCCCCAGAGGGAAACCUGUGGAGCUGUCCUCCAAGAGGUCCCGGCCACCGGUUUUGACUCUCCGUGGCUCGGCCGAGGCCCCAUAUGUGCUGCGAGAAGUGGGCAAAGGGAACGAUCAAGGAGAAAACAGAAACUUGUUGUACUACUCCAAAUUAGGACUGGUGAUCCCAUCUAGUGGGUCUGGUCCUGGAAGCCAAAGUAUCGACCGGAGUGGGCCACUUGUCAAAAGCCUCCUCCGAAGGUCAUUGUCGAUGGACAGCCAGGUCCCUGUGUAUUCACCUUCAGCCGAUUUGAAGUCGGCGCCAGGCUCGUCUUUGGGGACAAGCGACUCACCGGGGAACCCAUUUAGCGCGGCAUCCCACAAGCUGUUGGCCAAAGAUCCUGCAGAGAAAACCGCCCCCGAUGACAAGGUCCAGGUGGUCCACCCCCAUCGCCUUAGGUCCUUCAGUGCCUCUCAGUCGACAGACAGGGAGGGAGCAUCUCCCGUUACCGAGGUCCGAAUAAAAACCGAGCCGAGCAGCCCGCUCCCUGAUCCUUCUGAAAUCAUCAGAGUCACGGUGGGAGAUGCUUCGUCGUCAGCCAAUAAAGACUGUUCUUUUAAAACAGAAGACGAUCACAGGGAUAUCAGUAGACUUCCAGCCAAAAGGCGCUUUCAAGCAGACAGGAGGUUACCGUUAAAAAAACUGAAGGUGAACGAGCAGGGUUCUCCCGGAUCGGAGGAUAAUUUCGAAGAAGGAUCCAGCCCCUCUCACCUCGAUGCCGACUUCCCAGAUUCUGACGUCAGUAAAGAUGAGUACAGUGAGUUGGAAGAAACCAGGCCAAACAAGAAAUUUAAAUGCAAACAUUGCCUUAAGAUUUUCAGAUCCACCGCCGGUCUUCACCGUCACGUCAACAUGUACCACAAUCCAGAGAAGCCCUACGCGUGUGAUAUUUGCCACAAGAGAUUUCACACAAACUUCAAGGUGUGGACCCAUUGCCAGACACAACAUGGGAUUGUGAAGAAUCCAUCACCAGCCUCCAGCUCACACGCGAUCUUGGAUGAGAAAUUCCAAAGAAAACUGAUUGAUAUCGUGAGAGAGCGAGAGAUCAAAAAAGCUCUGAUCAUAAAGCUAAGGCGGGGCAAGCAAGGCUUUCAGGGACAGUCCACUUCACAAGCACAGCAAGUCAUCAAAAGGAACUUGAGAUCCAGAACCAAAGGAGCCUACAUUUGUACUUAUUGUGGGAAAGCUUAUCGUUUCCUCUCCCAGUUUAAACAGCACAUAAAAAUGCACCCUGGAGAAAAGCCAAUCGCUGUAAAUAAAGUGGCGAAGCAGAAAGAGCACGUCCGCCUUGAAAAUCCAGUUGAAAGCAAGGAGGUUUACCAGUGCCGCCUCUGCAGCGCGAAGCUCUCCUCUCUCGUAGAACAGGGGAACCAUGAGCGACUCUGCCGAAACGCAACCGUCUGUCCUUACUGUAGCCUUAGGUUUUUUUCCCCAGAGCUGAAGCAUGAACAUGAAAGCAAGUGCGAGUACAAGAAGCUGACUUGCCUUGAGUGUAUGCGUACUUUCAAAUCUUCCUUUAGCAUCUGGCGUCAUCAGGUCGAAGUUCAUAAUCAGAACACCAUGUCGGCCGCCGAAAAUUUCCCCCUACCCGUCCUCGACCACAACGGUGAAGUCCCUACCGCUUCAAGGCUACAGUCCCAAUCGGAGCCUAAUAAGAUCAAUCACCUUGCCACCCCAAAAGAAGACGGGGUAUUCAGCGAUUCUUCGGAACAGAUCAAUUUUGAUUCAGAGGAUUCCUCGUGUCUCCCGGAAGACCUGAGCAUCUCCAAGCAAUUCAAAAUUCAAAUCAAAGAGGAACCCGCAGACGACAUGGAGGACGACGGGGCCGAAACCAGCGCAGCGCCCAAGGAAGCUGCCCCCAGUAAGGACAGUGGGUUAUGGCCCUGUGAAAAAUGUGGAAAAAUGUUUACCGUUCACAAGCAACUGGAGCGGCACCAAGAGCUCCUGUGCUCCGUGAAACCGUUCAUCUGUCACGUGUGUAACAAAGCUUUUCGCACCAACUUUCGUCUCUGGAGCCAUUUCCAGUCCCACAUGUCUCAGGCUACGGAAGAUCCUGGGCAGAAAGAACCCGAGGUGUGUCCCCCCGCUAAUUCACCAUCUCCGCCACCUCUGCCUCCACCUCCACCAUUGCCCAAAAUUCAACCCCUGGAGCCUGACAGUCCCACCGGGAUGACCGAGGGUCCAACUACUACUGAGAAAUUAUUCGUCCCCCAAGAGUCAGAUACCCUCUUUUACCAUGCUCCUCCCCUUUCGGCCAUCACAUUUAAAAGGCAGUAUAUGUGUAAACUUUGUCACAGGACAUUCAAGACUGCAUUUAGCCUUUGGAGUCACGAGCAGACGCACAAUUGAAAGAGCCAGGCACCUUCUCCCUGCUGUCGAAGAAUCGGAGAGACCGUUUCUAAGAUAUUUCAGAAGUUUUGUGCUAUGGGUUGCAAAAUGGGUAAGAGCCCAAAAUGUGUGUUUGGGGGCGGGCGGGGAAAUAAAGGUUAGAACUUGUUAUGCUGCUUCAAUUUACGAUUUGGGGUAAUGAUGGAGUUAAGUAGAAUUUUAAGUAAACUUCUGAAAAACAAAGUAUUGUGAUCUGGGACCUUCUAGAAACAGAAUGAUUUAAUAUAAUGGUGAAAUAUCACAUCCUGAUCGUAUGCAUGGUUCCACGUCCCAUGGUAUCAGUAUAUAUUUUUAAAUCUUGGCUUUUGACCGUGCGUUCAAAUUUAGUGGAAUUCUGUAACAGACUUCUUGUUUUGAUUCUAUUAAACAUAUAAGCUCCAUACAAAUCCAAGCCAUGCACUUGGAGUCUUGACUUUCUAGGGAAGAAGUUGUUGGAGUAUUUUUGCCGUACUGAUUUAGAGUUAGUAUCCUUUAGCAAUAAUAAAUAUAAACCUCAACUUUUAGGAGUUCACCUGACACUUAAGGAAAAUGAAUGUUUGGCAUUCUAAGGUCACGUGAAAUUGUUUUGUUAUCACAUGGACAUCGUGCAAAAUUUAGAAAAAGCUAACAUCAGCAAUAGUAAUACUUGGAUUUUUAUAUACAAAGAGCAGAACACCUGUCAGCUUUUAAUACCAUAAUUUAAAAUGGCCAAACUCUAAGAAAGACUCUGGAAAUGAAAACGUACUGUUUUGUGAAAGGCCUGAGGCCAGUUUAACUGUAGGCACCUCAGUAACUAUAGUAAUUGUAACAAAACAGCACUGUGACUCAGCUGUGUUGUCCUAUUACAAGCUAUGGUUCUGUUUAUUAAUGCAAAAUAACAUUUGGAUAGGUAGAAAAGUUUUGUGUUUCCUCUGUUAAGAAUUUUGAGGUGGAAUGUAUGAAAACAGUAACUUGAAAUGCACAACAUAGCCUUGAAACAAAAGGCAAUACCUUUAUAUGGGGCACUAAUUUUGAUUAAGACUACCAAGAAUAAUUUCCAGGGCUAGAUUGGAACAGGUAUUGGCGGAGAUACCGGACAUUACCCUGCAUAAAAUAAUUUAUCAGACUUUCUAAUAAUUUUACAUAUCUAGCUUCAAGCAGAGGAAAAACACACUACAAGUUUUUAUGUUUUUCAGAUACCAUAUAUAAAAUAUGAGAAGUUUUUUUCUGCCACAUUUUGUCAUUUGUCUGGAAAUUUUAUACUGUAGGGUUUGCUGGUGUAUCUUUUUGGUUUCUUUAAAUCACAGGAACAAUUGUGAUUUCCAUAUCGAAACUGUAAUACCAUCCUAUUGCUCCGAGUCACACCUGGAAAAGUUAACGUUAGUAAUGCUAUAGGUAUUGCUAGAACAACAGUAUGCGUCCAAAACUAGUUUUUGCCAUUCAUUUGGAUUUCCAUUAUUGAUUGGAACCGUCAAUUUUAGCCAAGUCUUUCUCGUUUCUGUAGGUGUGGCUGGCAGUAUGGAAAUAUACUGAGUAAAAACGAUGCGGUCUAUUGCAAAUGAUGCAUAACUAUGGUCAUCCAUUUCGGUAUUCCAGUUAGGCUUUAAGAUGGAGUGGGGUGGAAUAAAAUUAAAAUAGUACAAUUAACACUACACAAGUAAUACUAGAGCCCAAUCUGAUUAAAAUUCAGAUGCUUCUCAGAUGCAUGAGAAACUGCUGUAGCUAGGAAAUAAUUUUCUGUGCUUACGAAGCUAUUGCUGUGGCUGACCAACAUUACGCCUAUCUCAAGUUUUCCCCACAUUCCAGUUCAAUGGUGUGAAGAAACUAUUAGGCUUUUUUAAAAAACAUAAUUCAGUAAGUAUCCACCAGGAUCUUUGGGGAAAAGGCACGACGGAAUUCAUUAUGUUUUCACAAUAGCAGAUGAAACAACAUACUUUCCCUGAAAUAAACUAAUGCAAUAGAAUGUCAAAACACCACAUAAAAUAAUUACAUCCCUUUCUUUUCUCCUACUUUUAACUCAUUUUUGUAUAAGAACAAGUUUAAUUUAUAGGAGAGUGAAACUAAGCCACAUUUUAGCCAGAUUUGACAAUUGCCAUUUUUACAAUUGCCCGGGAGAAGAAAUCUAUGCAUCAGGUAGAAAAAAAUUGGAAGACAUGCUAUUCUUGAGAAAUAAGAGGGUCCCUGGGUUUUCACUUCAAUAAACCCUACUUUGUAUUCUUAGUAAACCUGGAGUAUGCUUAGCCUCAAAAAUGAUCUCUCACCCUCAGAGAGAUAACCAGCGUAAUUAUUAAAAUCAGAUUAAUUUAAUCUGGAAUAAUUCUUUGAUACUAUAUCUUUGGCCUUGUAGAAUUCUAAAUACAGGGACCUGAAACUUUGCCACAUUUUUGAAUAUUUUUUUUUCAAAUGUAAUAUGUAUUGUAAAAUAUUUUUUAUCUAAAUAGUCUCUCAGUUUGUCAGAUUUGAAAAAGUUUCUAAUUUGGGGGAUAUUUUGCCUUGUGUCAUAAAUUAAUUCCGAUUUUGUCCAGUCAAAGAACACAGGAGCUCCAAAUAGAAUUUUGAAUCUGAAACAUUUAUACAUAGUUCUGGUUUUUCUAUUGCUUUUUAUACAGUACCUUAAAGGCAUUGGGCUGAAAGAGUGUGUUUAUUUUGGAGAAUAUGAAAUUAAAUAUGCUUCCACUUGUGUAAUUUUAAUGUUUAAGAGUAAAAUAAUGGAAAAGAAAUGUUAACUGCUUAUUAUUCAGUAAAGAGCUUUUAAGGAUGUUUAGCUUGGCCAUAACCAGAAUAAAAGGCAGAUUGUUGAUACAAAAGAAGUUGUCUCUCAUUAAUUCAGUAAUUCUUAAUUUUGAUGUUAAAAUGUCCACUUGGUGAGGCCUUCCUUUUCUGUUAUUACCUUUAAAAAUAUACAGAGCUUAUAUUAUUCCUUGUGGUUAUUCAGGAUGCCUGUUUCUUAAAGUGUUAUGGGACGAGCAUACAUUUGUUUUCAUAUCUAUUUGUUACACUGAGAAUUAAGUUCCUGAAUGAUUGUUUUCUUACAAAAACAAAAAAGGUCUUAUGACAAAUCCUGCAAUGUUAUAUCAACCAUUCAAAGUAAGGAAUAUAACUGAACACUGGUGGGUUUAACAGAGCAACACUAGAAAUUUCAUGCAGUUGAGUGUUUCAUUUAAAGCUAAUCCUAUAGUUUAUUGUAUAAAUUUAAAAUUUUGCCAAGUAUGCAGAGAACAUUCUGGUAGGAGUACGUCACUGUAUUUGCCUUAACUAAUAGAUGAUUUGUCUCCAGCCGUUAUAUUCUGGGAAGCAGUGGGUCGAAUUUGAAUGUAAUUCCAGUCUUCUUGUUCCAGAAACUAAAUUCUAAUAAUAUUUUUGCAUGAAACUGCUGCUGGGUACUAAUAAGAGACUGGAUGAGGAACAAAGGUAGAAUAUGGCUCAAUAUGGAACAAAGAUAGGGUUUAGGAUAGUCCAGUACCUUUUAAGGUAUGAUUACCUAGAUUUUUUUUUUCACCACAGUAAGAUGACAAUGCGAUGCAGAAAUAGAUUUUGGCAUAUUGCACUUAGUAUAUUGGCAUUGAGUUAAAUAUGAUUGUAUUAGUUUUUAAUGUCCAUUAAUGUAUAUUUGCCGUUUUUUAAAACUUAAAGGGACAUUGAAGUAAAAAUGAUUUUAGUAAAUAUUCUUCUGUAUAAUACUAUAACUUUUAAACUUGAAAAAAGUUUCAAAAUUUAGCUUUCUCCCUAUUUACAUUUUACUCAUUUUGACUAGCGUAAGUUAGCUCAUUGCUUUGAUUUUGUUUAGUUUAAUUCCCUAGUUUGUGAAGGGUAUUCAGUACUCCUAGGGAAAGGUCAAUUACUGGACCUUUUUCAUUUCAUGAUAUUAUCUAUGUAUUAUAUUAUGUUUUGUCAAACGUUUUAUUGACAACUCUCAAGUGUCUCAUGGUAACCCUUUUAGAAAUGAUUCAGUACUGUUUGGUUAAUUUUUUUUUUCUUUUAAGAGGUUGCCACUGUGUAGACACAACCUAACCUAAAACCAAUCUUCAAGUGAAAAAUCUUUUGAAAUUACCUUCACUAUUUCUAAAUUUCAGUAAAAUGGUCAUGAAAGGAAGUCAAAUCAGGGGAGCAAUUUUAUAAUACUGUAUAUUUUGUAGCUAUUGUAUAUUUUUCUUGAUAUAGUAUAUCAUUGUUGAAUUUUAAUUAGGAAUAAAGUUUUUUGAAUUAAAUUUAUAAGUAUAGGUUACUCUCUUAAUCUGAUGUUAAUCCAUUGCUUCUUUGUAUCACUUUUCUACUGUCUGUGUUGUUUCCUUUGCUUAGAUCUUGACUGAAAUUGUUGGAGUCCAAUAAAUUUAUACUUCGUUUCUUUUGA